AUGCAUCACGGAACGUAUUCUCCAGCUAAUCGAAUAAUAGAACGACGUAAUAAUCGGAAAAUACCACCAGCGAUUGCAUACACUUUCUCACUAUCACCAGAAAAAGAGUCAAGUGCUGAUGAAUUAUCCCAAGAAACCCCUAUGAAUGAAAAGCCACAGUAUGAUGCUAAUCUGACACAUGAGGGUAGAAUUGAUCUUCAUAUUAAUGAAAAUACGUGUAAAAAUUUUCACGGUUUACCAUCAACAGAAUUUCAACCGCAGGAUGAGACACUUAUAUAUGGUGAAGGUCUUGAUAGCACUGAUAACUUGACGCUCGGUCAAGAAAUACCUCGUUUAGCCAUUUGUAUCAUGAUUGUUGGUAGCCAAGGUGAUGUACAACCAUUUGUUGCAUUCGGAAAAGAAUUAAUGAAAGCUGGACAUCGAGUGCGCCUUGCUACACACGAAACAUUUCGAAAAUUUGUUCGAGAAAACGGUCUAGAAUUUUAUCCAUUACGUGGUGAUCCAAAAGAAUUGAUGGAAUAUGCAGUUAAAAAUGAAGGAAUUAUACCGUCAUUCGGCAGUAUAUUGGAAGGUGAUGUUUCUAGAACGAAAGAGCAACUAGUUGAAAUUCUCGAUUCAACUUUUAAAGCUUGCAUCGAGCCAGAUGACGAGACGAACCACCCGUUUAUCGCUGAAGCUAUUAUUUCAAAUCCACCGACAUUCGGACACAUUCAUUGUGCACAAAAACUCUGUAUUCCUCUACAUAUCUGUUUUACGAUGCCUUGGAGUCCAACGGGAGCAUUUCCGCAUCCACUUGCCAAUAUUAGUUAUAACAAAGAGCACAUCUCAAAAAUAAAUUAUUUGUCAUACGAGAUAGUUGAAGUCAUUACAUGGUCCGGAAUGAAACAUUUAAUAAACGAUUUUCGUAAAAAAACGCUGGAACUCGAAACAUUAUCAACAUCGCAGGCGAUCCAUCUAAUGACAACUAAACAAGUUCCUCAUACAUAUUGCUGGAGUCCAGCAUUACUAGGAAAACCGAAAGACUGGAAAGAGUAUAUAGAUGUGAGUGGUUUCUUUUUCUUAGACACUACCACGAAUUAUAGUCCACCUGACGACCUUGUCCAAUUUCUUAAAUCAGAUUCACCUGUUAUUUAUAUUGGUUUUGGAAGUAUCGUGCCUGAUAAUUCUGCACGUUUGACCAAGGCUGUUCUAGAAGCGGUUAAACUUGUUAAUUGCAAAGCGGUAAUAUCAAAAGGGUGGGGCAGAAUGGGAGAUGGAAUUGAAGUAUCUGAGAAGAUUUAUCUUCUCGAUCAGUGUCCGCACGACUGGUUGUUUCCACAGGUCACUGCUGUGUGUCACCAUGGUGGUGCCGGUACCACGGCUGCCGGUCUUAGAUAUGGAAAACCCACUAUUAUCGUUCCAUUCUUUGGGGAUCAGUUUUUUUGGGGUUCUGUUGUACAUAAAAUCAAUGCCGGUCCUUUGCCUUUACCUGGAAAAAAUCUUACAGCAUAUCAACUUGCAGAUGCUAUUCGGUUUUCACUCAAACACGAAACAUGUACUGCUGCUGAAGAAAUAGCAUCAAAAAUGAAAAGGGAAAAUGGCGUUGCUGCAGCAGUAAGAUCUUUUCAUGUCAAUCUUCCGUUGGAAAGGAUGUUGAGCGAUUUAGAAACUACAUUUCCUGCAUGUUUCUCUCUCCCAAAAUAUGACAUGAAGAUUUCUCGACCUGUAGCUCAAGUACUGGUGGCAUCUGCAGUAAUUGAAGAAACCGAUUUGGAAUUCUAUCCUGUCAAACAGUGGGAAAUUAAUGAAGAUUCACAUGCACAUGUGCCCACAUACGGUUUGGUGAAAGGAGCUAAAAAAGCUGUGUCAACUUUGACUUCGGAAACGGCAGAUGGUUUUGAGACUGCCUGGAAUGCAAGUAAUCCAUUGUCAGGAACAGUAGCGAUUGGAAAAGGUCUUUUGAAAGGCGUUGGAGGUGGCUUGUUUCACUCAUCAAAAGGGAUUCUAUCGUUGUACGGUGAAACUUCUCAUUUAGUGAAUAAAGUUCCAUCGUUGUACGAUUGCAAUUAUACACCACAACGCCCUGUGGUAAGCGAUAUGUCAACGGGCGUGAAAGCGGCAAAAAAGCUUGUUCAAAAUAGUUUUAUAGAAGGGGCAACAGACUGGUACAAAAAGCCAAAAGAAGAAGCUAAAAGGCAUGGGAAGAAAGGCUAUGUGAUUGGUGCUGGAAUCGGAUUACUGAACGUUCCAAUAAAACCCAUGGUUGGAACACUUGAAGCAAUUUCGCUGGCCAGUCAUGGUGCAUAUCUGUCAGCUAAACAUCACGUAAAAGGCAAAGAUACGAAAGAAAAUUUUGUCUCACUUCGAUUAUCACGAAGUCACAAUGCAUCUAACGAGAAUAUAUUGGCAGAACAUAACAACGACGAAAGCGCAGCAUCAGCUCAAUCAGGUUAUUCACGAGAAGUUUGUCAGCAAAUUUUAGAUGAAUUUCAAUCUAACAAAACUGUUAAAAAGGACAUCUAUACGAUGAUAAAAAAAUUACGAUCAAGAUCACUAGGUAGUUUACAUGAGAAGAACACAGAGAUGAUUACGAUGCUAUAA